AUGGCCCUGGCCCACAGCCCCCGAGAGGCAUUGCUCUGGGUUUUGAGUGACCUUGAGGAGAAAAGCUUCAAGCUAUUCAAGUUCCACUUACGGGACAGAAGCCUGCUUGAGAGGCAGCCGCAGCUGGCUCGGGGGAAGCUGGAGGACCUGAGCCCGGUGGACCUGGCUUCUUUGCUGAUUUCCCUAUAUGGAGCACAGGAGGCCGCAAAAGUGGUGCUCAGGAUCCUGAAGGUCAUGAACCUGUUGGAACUAGUGGACCAGCUCAGCCACAUCUGUCUGAAUGAUUACAGAGAAAUAUACCGAGAGCAUGUGCGCGGCCUGGAGGAGAGGCAAGAGGGGGGACCCUGCAGCAGCCACAGCCAGCUGCUCCUCGUGGCCAGGCCUAGCCCGGAGAGACCAGAAUCGUCUGCCCUCCCCGUUCUGGAGCAAGAGCUGGACUCUGUGUCGCUGCAGGCUCUGUUUGAUCCAGGAGAAAGGCCUUACCAAGCCCCGCCCACAGUGGUACUACAGGGGUCUGCUGGCACUGGAAAGACAACACUGGCCAGAAAAAUGGUGCUGGACUGGGCCACUGGCACCCUUUACCAAGGCCAGUUUGAUUAUGUCUUUUAUGUCAGCUGCAGAGAAGUGGUCCUGUUGCAGGAGGGCAGACUGCACCAGCUCCUCUUCUGGUGUUGUGGGGACAACCAGGCACCUGUGGACGAGAUGUUGAGGGAGCCAGAGCGGCUGCUGUUUAUCCUGGACGGCUUUGAUGAGCUGCAGAGGCCCUUUGCAAAGGGCUUGAAGAGGCUGAGUCCGAGCUCUAUGGGGGAAAUCCUGCACUCUCUAAUUAGGAGAGAGGUACUUUCCACAUCUUCACUUCUUAUCACCACCCGGCCCCUGGCUUUGCCGAAUCUGAAGCCCUUGCUGAAACAGUCGCAUCAUAUUCACAUCCUAGGCUUUUCUGAGGAUGAGAGGAGGAGGUAUUUCAGCUCCUAUUUCACGGAUGAGGAGCAAGCCAGAAAUGCCUUUGACAUUGUACAAGGGAAUGAUGCUCUCUACAAAUCAUGUCAGAUUCCAGGCAUCUGUUGGGUGGUCUGCUCCUGGUUGAAGGGGCAGAUGGAGAAGGGCAGGGAGAUCUCAGAGACUCCCAGUAAUGACACAGACAUCUUCAUGGCCUAUGUCUCUACCUUCCUGCCGCCCAGUGACAACGGAGGCGGCUCUGAGCUUACCCGGCACAGGGUCCUGAGGGGUCUGUGCUCCUUAGCAGCUGAGGGGAUCCAGCACCAGAGGUUCAUGUUUGAAGAAGCUGACCUCAGGAAGCACAAUUUAGAUGGGACCAGGCUUGCUGCUUUCCUGAGCAGCAUGGAUUACCAAGAGGGAUUUGACAUCAAGAAGUUCUAUACCUUCCGCCACAUUAGCUUCCAGGAAUUUUUUUAUGCCAUGUCCUACCUGGUGAAAGAGGACCAGAGUCAGCUGGGGAAAGAGUCCCACAGAAAAGUAAACAGCCUUCUGGAUGAAGAGGGGCAGGCAGAGAACGAGGAGAUGACCCUCAGUACACGGUUUUUAUUGGACAUAUCGAGAAAAGAGACCUCCUCGAACUUUGAGCUAAAGUUCUCCCUCAAAAUUUCUCCCUCGGUACAGCAGGAUCUGAAGCAUUUUAAAGAAAAAAUGGAAUCUAUAAAAUGUAACAGGGCCUGGGAUUUGGAAUUAUCUCUGUAUAAGUCUAAAAUAAAGAAUCUGGUAAAGGGCGUUCAGAUGAGCGAUGUAUCGUUUAAGAUGGAACAUUCAAAUAAAAAGAAAUCCCAUGGCAAGAACUCAUUUUCUGUCAAAACCAGCUUGAGCAAUGGAUGGAAAGAAAAGCAAAAAUGUCCUUGUGACAAUAAUAUAGCAAAGGCUCAAGAGAAGUCUUCUAAUGGAAAAGGCAGAGAGGCAGAGGAAUGA